AUGUUCGCCCGCAUCUCGCCGCGCUACGACCUUAUGAACUCCCUUAUGACCGGAGGGUUGCACCACCGCUGGAAGCGGGCCACCGCACAAUUGACUACUGCGAAUCUGUCGGGUAACUCCCUGGACGUGGCAACCGGUACCGGCGACCUGGCGUUCGCAUUGGCACGGUGCCCUGCCAUCACAUCAGUAGUGGGUGUAGACCUGUUGCCCGAGAUGCUGCGAAUCGCCAGCAGCAAGGCUUUCGGCAUGGUUGCGAGCACGACCGAAAUCAACUUCGUCAUUGGCGACGCAUUACGCCUGCCCUUCCCUGAUGACACAUUCGCUUGCGCCACCGCCGGGUUCAGCAUGCGCAACAUGGCCGACGUCCCCGCUGCGGUACAAGAAAUGGCUCGAGUGGUGAAACCAGGUGGAAGGGUUACCACCCUGGAGCUAACGCCCAUGCCGAAAGGAGUGCUUUCAUCGAUCGGGCGCCUAUAUUUCCAUUAUCUGGUGCCUUUUUUGGGACAGCUUAUUUCCGGUGAUCGCGCGGCAUAUACCUACCUUCCCAACAGCGUAGAUUAUUUCCUCACCGCCGACGGUCUGGCACAGGUUUUCAGUCAGUCGGGCCUCAUCAACGUCGGCUAUGUCCGGUUGGGAUUUGGCGGUGUGGCAUUGCACUACGGAGACAAACCGCCCGUAGUCCGGCGCCAUCAGGACAUCGAGUCGGAGAUGGCCCUUCCCGAUGUAGCCACGGACUACGAACGACUGAAAGAAUUGAACCAGGAACGUUCCGCAAUGGAACAACUGGUUAAUAUCUAUGGCCGUUACACCAAACUCAGCGAAGAGUCCGCCGAUCUGCGGGCGCUUAUCAGUGAAGGUGGCGACCACGAGCUGGUGGAGAUGGCCCAACACGAACUCGCCGAGGUGGAUGGUCGGCUUUCUGCAUUGACCGAGGAGCUGAAAUUCGCUCUUUUGCCGAAGGACUCCAACGACGAACGCAACGUUAUUGUGGAGGUCCACGCCGCCGCGGGAGGGCAGGAAGCCUCACUUUUCGCUGGUGACCUUUACCGUAUGUACCAACGCUACGCCAGCGAGCAGGGUUGGACCGUCGAGAUCAUGGACUCUAACCCAUCAGACCUGGGCGGAUUCAAUCGCAUCGCGUUCUCCGUGGAUGGCAAAGAUGCCUACAGUCACCUGAAAUUCGAAGCCGGCGUUCACCGCGUCCAGCGGGUUCCUGAAACCGAAACGCAGGGACGACUUCACACUUCUACGGUCACGGUUGCAGUGUUGCCUCAGGCCGACGAAGUGGAACUCAACAUCAAAGAUGAUGAUCUGCGCAUCGACAUAUUCCACGCCGGCGGCCACGGAGGCCAGAACGUCAACAAGGUGGCAACCGCCGUGCGCAUCGUCCACGAACCAUCCGGGCUGGUUGUCGUUUGCCAGGAUGAACGCUCCCAAUUCAAGAACAAGUCAAAAGCCAUGACUAUCUUGCGCAGCCGGAUCUUCGCCGCCGAACAGGAGCGGCAACAGGCCGCUAUCUUCACCAACAGGAAAUCCCAGGUGGGAACGGGUGACCGCAGCGAGCGCAUCCGAACGUACAACUUCCCUCAGGACCGCAUCACCGACCACCGGCUUGGAACGUCCGUCCACGGUAUGCAACGCAUCAUGGAUGGUGGAUUGCACGAAAUGAUCGAUCAGCUAAUUGCUCACGACCAGGCCCGUCGCCUGGAAGAAGCUAGCGCCUAA